CUGACAUUGCUGGAAUCCCAAGGUUAUGAAAUCUAGGAAGUACACAAUAUGUCUGAAAAACCCAAACUCCAUUACUUUAAUGGAAGAGGCAAAAUGGAAUCCAUACGCUGGCUUCUAGCAGCAGCUGGAGUUGAGUUCGAGGAAGAGAUGAUAGAAACCAGAGAACAAUUUGAAGCAUUAUUUCAAGAUGGAAAUUUACCUUUCAAGCAAGUACCGGUGGUUGAAAUGGAUGGGAUGAAGUUAGUACAAACAAAAGCAAUCCUACAGUACAUUGCUGCAAAGUAUAACCUUUAUGGAAAGGACAUAGUAGAGAGAGUAUUGAUUGAUAUGUAUGUGGAAGGUACCACUGAAUUUAUGGAGGUUAUAAUGUCACAACCCUUCCUACAGAAUGUAGAACCAGGAAUGCAAAUUGAUGUCUUGGUACAGAAGGCCAAAAUGUGCUACCUCCCAGUUUAUGAAAAGGUAUUGAGGGAUCAUGGCCAGGACUUUCUAGUUGGAAAUCAAUUCAGCUGGGCGGAUAUACAGCUGCUAGAAGCUAUCCUAAUGAUAGAAGAAAAAAGUGCCAAUGUGCUCUCUAAUUUCCCUCUGUUGCAGGACUUUAAGGAAAGAAUAAGUGAAAUUCCUACAAUCAAGGCUUUCCUUUUGCCUGGGAGCAAGAGGAAACCUCAGCCAGAUGAGAAAUAUGUGCAGACAGUGAAUGCAGUACUCCAAAUGUACUACAAAGUGGCUUUUAAUUUUCGUAUAAAUUGAAUCACUUAGCCAAAUUCACCAUUGUGUUUUCACCUAUCAGAAAAAUUGCUUGUAUUAUAUUUCAUGUUUACAGUCAUUUAAUUGUGGUAUUCUCUCAGUAGGCUGGAAAAUCAACGUUGCUAGUAAAUGACAAUUAAAGUUU